CGGCGUGCUGCAACCAUGGCGACGCCGGUAGCCCCGGCCCGCCCCCCGCGGGGCCGGGCGGGCUCGGGAUUGGUCGGGGGGCGGGCGUUCGCCCUCUGCCCCCUGACCCUGCGCGGCGGCAGCGGCGGCAGGAGUGGAGGCUGUUGCUGGCCGUUUCCUGGUGGCCUGGCGGCGGCGCGGGAGGGAGGGAGGAUGCGGCGCAGGUCUCGGUUGCUGCUCUGCUUUGCCUUCCUCUGGGUGCUGGGCAUCGCCUACUACAUGUACUCGGGCGGCAGCGCCGCACUGGCUGGCGGCAGCGGCGGCGGCAGGAAGGAGGACCCAAAUGAUAUUGACCCAAAAAGGAAAGACGUGCGUGGCAGUGAUGGGGAAGACAAAGCACAAAGUGUGGAGACGCUACCUCCAGGAAAAGUUCGGUGGCAGGACUUUGAUCAAGAUGUUUAUGUUGGCGCUACCGUGGUGCGAUCUGGUCAGGAUCCGUAUGCCCGCAAUAAGUUCAAUCAGGUGGAAAGUGACAAACUGCGAAUGGACCGAAGCAUUCCUGACACCAGGCAUGAUCAGUGUCAGCGGAAACAAUGGCGGAUAGAUUUACCAGCCACUAGUGUGGUGAUCACCUUUCAUAAUGAGGCAAGAUCUGCUUUGCUUCGAACUGUUGUCAGUGUCCUUAAAAAAAGCCCAUCACAUCUUAUUAAGGAAAUCAUACUGGUGGAUGACUACAGUAACGAUCCUGAGGAUGGUGCUCUCUUGGGAAAAAUUGAGAAAGUGCGGGUUCUUCGCAAUGAUCGCCGAGAAGGCUUGAUGCGCUCCCGUGUCAGAGGUGCCGAUGCAGCACAGGCAAAAGUGCUGACCUUCCUGGAUAGUCACUGUGAAUGUAAUGAACACUGGCUGGAACCACUUCUGGAAAGAGUAGCUGAGGACAAGACCAGAGUUGUGUCUCCUAUUAUUGAUGUAAUUAAUAUGGACAACUUCCAGUACGUGGGGGCGUCAGCUGAUUUAAAAGGCGGCUUUGAUUGGAACCUGGUGUUCAAAUGGGAUUACAUGACACCAGAGCAAAGAAGAGCACGACAAGGAAAUCCUGUAGCUCCCAUAAAGACACCCAUGAUAGCUGGUGGCUUGUUUGUGAUGGACAAAUCCUAUUUUGAAGAACUAGGGAAGUAUGACAUGAUGAUGGAUGUUUGGGGUGGAGAAAACUUGGAAAUCUCAUUCAGAGUUUGGCAGUGUGGUGGAAGCCUAGAAAUCAUCCCUUGCAGCAGAGUGGGUCACGUAUUCCGCAAACAGCAUCCUUACACAUUUCCUGGUGGGAGUGGUACAGUGUUUGCAAGAAAUACACGCAGGGCAGCAGAAGUCUGGAUGGAUGAGUACAAGAAUUUCUAUUACGCAGCAGUGCCUUCAGCCAGGAAUGUACCUUAUGGCAAUAUUCAAAGCCGAAUGGAACUUAGAAAGAGACUUAGCUGCAAACCCUUCAAGUGGUACCUUGAAAAUGUUUACCCUGAGUUACGGGUACCUGAUCAUCAAGAUAUAGCUUUUGGGGCUUUGCAACAGGGCACCAAUUGCCUUGACACUUUGGGCCACUUUGCAGAUGGUGUUGUUGGAGUAUAUGAAUGUCAUAAUGCCGGGGGAAACCAGGAAUGGGCCUUAACAAAGGACAAGUCGGUGAAACAUAUGGAUUUGUGCCUUACUGUCGUGGACAGAGCACCUGGUUCACUAAUAAAACUUCAGGGCUGCAGGGAAAAUGACAGCAGACAGAAAUGGGAACAAAUUGAAAGCAACUCUAAACUGAGGCACGUUGGCAGCAACCUCUGUCUAGACAGCCGAAAUGCCAAAAAUGGUGGUCUCACCGUUGAGAUCUGCAGUCCUUCUUUGUCGCAACAGUGGAAAUUCACACUCAAUCUGCAGCAGUAGAAAGACUUACAAGCAAAAUGCUGUUUCGAUUCAGAGACAUUGGGCAAAGUUUUGAUUGAAUUACUGAUGUAUUUCUUAAAACUUUCCACGGAACUUAUAUACCUCAGUAUUCCACCUUUAUCUGAAAAUAGGAGAGUGCUGAAGCAGACAGCAGGGAUCCAGGGGACUUGGAGCACUGCAAAAGUGUUACUGAACAUGACUGCAGCACAAUUCCUUCUUGGUGUGAAGACUUCAACGGUUCCUUUCCGUCUUCAGUUACACACUUGCACAGCAGAUAAUUAACUCUAGGAACAACUGAUGUAUGAUAAAAAAGGAUCUGAAGAAACACCUGUGGGGAACAGGGUGUGGGAGGGAGGGUGGGAACAAUUUCUAGGAGAAGGUCAUUUGCGAACUCCAUUUGCAUAGAAAUCACGGUUUGUUGUUUCCAGAAACAGAAGUGUCAUUUUGAAGGCUUUUUUUUUCUCCUGUGUGUACUUGGUAAUUUGAAUAUGAACUUUUCUAUGAUGGACUCUAAAUAUAAAUAUAUAAAAGUAUAUAUAUUGUCAGCUCCCAACGGUUUAUAUCAGUUUUCUUCAUCCUAUAAUUAUCAACAAAGUGAUAGAUGUAUGUAUAAACAGGAAUUGGAUUGGAGUGCUAGGAGAGUGAAAGUUUAUGAAGGUGCGGAUUUUGUGCUGCUGAGUAUGAUGUCCGUGCUAACACUGGAUGCUUUUGCUUUGCAAACUGGAUCUACUUCUUAACUUCGCCCUCACUGGAGAUCAUGAAACUCAGGAGGAGAAAGGAAAUAGCAGAAUAAGCCAAUGCAUCUGCACAGAUGAUUGCUCUGAUUGCUUAUUCCAACUUGGAAAUUCAUUACAUGUGCUCUUGAUAACCUUAAACUUGUACUUGAUAUUUGUGUUGAUAAUUUCUAUAGUACUUUGUCUUUAAAAUACUUCUUCUUCUGUUACAAAACAGUAUAAAAGGUGCAGAUCUUUAGUGCAGCCAUGUGGGUUCAGCGCAGUUUUGUUCUGGCCCUAAUGAGAAAAAUUAGUCUCAGACUCCCCUUCUGAGUUGUAGACAUAAGAUGCAAUAGUAACGUCACUGUCAACAGCACAAGACCUGAAUUUUAACUUGCAAGGAUGAGCAGCUAUGUAAUAUCUCUGAACUGCACUUGCUUAAUUUAUAGACCUACUACUGGGAAAUUUUCUUCCAUUUUGUUUCUUUAAAUGGAGCUUUUGAAGGGAUUCAGGCUUGGCUCUGGGAAACAGCCUGGAUACCAGCAGAUCCUGUGUGUUUUAACCAUAGAACCCGUGCAUUUUGCAGCUUCAGUCCAGCUGAUGUCAUUUUUAUAUUAAAAUAAUAUUGUCAAAGUUAACCGCAACUUUGACCUGUCCUUUCUUAUGUUUGCAUAUAUACUUUUCUAUUGAAAGCAAAUGCUUCAAUGAGCUUUUAAAAGGAAAAGAAAAAGUAAAUAAGUACUAAUAAGUGAGACAGCAGUGACAAAGAUUAGGGUAGACAUGCAGUGCCAGGAAGUGGUUUGGAUGAGAUGAGGGAUCUCAGAAAAAUGUAAGGGUUGGCCAUAGGGAAAUCUGCUGUACUGCAGUGUGCCGGUACAGUUCCCCUCUGUCUUUGUUCCUGGAAGUAGAGCAGUUCCUGAUUUUUAUUUUAUUUUACUUUAUUUUACUUUAUUUUACUUUAUUUUACUUUUUUUUUUUUAUUUUUAUUUCCAGUUUCCUUUGGCUGCAUCUCUGCAUUAGGUGUAGAGGUGGAACUCUGCUGGGCAAAAUGGCUUUAGCUGUGCCGGCCAAUGUGCCCAUUUGUGUGUCUGAAGUUAUGAUUGCAAGUACCUGCAUACAUUUUUGAUGGGGCACUAAACCCAGUUUCUCCCAUUAUGAAUAACUAAUACCUUGGUUUUUUCCCCACUUCUUCACAAUCCACUGACUCCAAAACUUGCCUGUUUUAGAGGCCAUGCAGUGGGUAAACUAUUUUUCAGCUUUUAGUCUCUACCUAUCUGUAGCCUCUUAACAUAGCUGAAAACUUGAAGAACAUGAUUCAUAAACAUAGCGGUAGAUUUCUUCAUAUUAUGGAAAAAGAAAUGCUGAAAUAUGGGCUCAGCAGCAAAUCAGUUGUUUGAGGUUCUAAAAAACAAAAUUUAAAGGAAGAAAAAAAACCAAACACUCAGCUUCUACCAUGGAAGUAUUUCCAUUUACAACUUUGAUCACAGUAAGAGUAGUACUAACUGAAAUCAGCAGUCGCAUCUCUGAAUAUUGACCUGCCUCUUACCUCUGAAUCAGAAGUGCUACUAAAAAAUUCAUGUUCCACCUCUUAAGUCUUUCAUGUCAACCGUUACCAUAUAAAGUAGGAGUAUUUCCACUAAUUCCCCAUGGAUGCUGGGCAUGGGGGGUUUAAUAUAGGACCUGUAUGUUGCUUUUGUUUGGGAGAACGGACAAGAAGCUGUAUCCUUUUGUUAUGAUGUUUACAUGACAGUGUGCCAAAGUUACUUACUGUGAUUUUAGAGGGGUUUCAUGUUGAAGAAAUUCACCCAUUUGAAAGAUAAAUGAAAAGCCCUUGAAGCAUAUUGCAAUGGUGUCUCCUGAGAACUUUUCUUACCGUCUUCAGAGCAAGAAUGGUGAUACUGUUUGUUUUGCAGAUUUUCAAAACAUAGUUUGGAAAUGUUUUUUUCAGUUGGUUUGAAAAGUCUGCUGUACAGAGCUUGUACUUUGUUCAUUUUAUAGAUGGAAACCAUCCUUGAAAAAUUGUUUAACUUAAAUAAAGAAGAAUGCUUUAUAGAUA